AUUCGCUCCAAUAUUGGGCAUUAAGAGCGGAAUAAAACAGGGGUAACCUCCGAAGAGCCGGUCUCACUGCUUGAUUGUGUGAGCAUUCAUUAUUGCUCUCUUGAGGCACCUUAAGGUGGUAUUUGUUUGUCGCUCUGCAGAAUGCAAAAGUGUACAGUGCUCUACAGGAGAGCACGGCAGUGACUGUUUGGGUGUUGUUGCGAACUGAUUACGGAUGCCAGUGGAUUGAACAAAAAUACCUUGACUUUCAGUUGACAUUGCCGGAAGCAGCCGUGUUGACACUUGGAAGUCGAAAUGGCAAGAUUAAGAGAGCGCGCGUGGACUCUCACCAACUUCUGCGCGCUCAACCACAGAAACAAGACCUUUAUCACCUGUCCCCCUUGUCACCACUUCAUGCGAUAUUUUGGCUGCCGACCUGGUCCAGCUUCAUGGUCUAGCCUCUGCUUACAGGUGAGGUUGAUUGCUGACAUCGGCCCUAAAUCGUAGAGCCAUCACCAUCCACCGUCGACACGUCGAGUCUACGUCCUUGCAAGGUCACCCACAUUCCAGUCUACUAUAGCCGUGCUGCCUUUGAAUGUCGGUAUGACUGGUCGAUAUGCCCGACGAUAUGGCCUCGUUUGACAGGACAGUGGCCCGAGCUGUAAUGUUCCUAUACCACUAUCGAACCAAGUUUAAUUGCAUAUUGCUGUCAACAAAAUGUCAACAACCCCCCUGGUGGAUGCACGUGCAACCCCUGUAUUGACAGCUCGGUUCGGCCCCCGGUAUAUCAAGAAUGCUAUACCCGCCCUCAGCACCAUCAGGGAUGUCGAUCAUCUUGCUUGCGUCAGUUGCCAGUGAUCAGCAUGAAGUUGAGCAUGAAAGUUUCCACAGCCUUGGGCCUAGCGUCCUGGCUGGGGAGCGCGGACGCAUUCUGGCGCAUGACCUGCGGCCUGGCACAAACAGGAAGAAUUGAUCCUAUCAUUGACCCAGGCGCGGUCUCUGGCCAUGUGCAUAUCAUUUCCGGAGCGACCAACAUCAACACCACAUCAGACUAUGAUUCUGUUACAGCCGCAGCUUGCACCUCCUGCUCCAUACAAAAGGACAAGAGCGCAUAUUGGACACCUCUACUCUACUACCAGUAUGCAAACGGAUCUUUUGUCGAUGUGCCAAACGAUGGAACAGUGGUGUAUUACCUGGGCAGAGGCGAAGAUCGACGCAACAUCAUCCCGUUCCCUCCUGGGUUUCGAAUGCUAUCCGGAAACCCUUCCAAGAGGUCGUAUGACAACACCACCAUGACCUAUGGAAACAAGACCUACAGCAGUCGGCCAGUUGCCAAUCGAGUCAGCUUUGCUUGUAUUAACUAUGACAGCCCGUCGCCGGAAACGCCGAACCUCGCAAGCACCGAUUGUCCUCAGGGGCUUCGAGCCCAGAUCCAGUUUCAAAGCUGUUGGGAUGGGGUCAACCUGUACAAAUCUGACCAGUCACAUGUGGCUUACAUGUCGCAGAUUGACAAUGGCGUCUGUCCACCCACUCAUCCGAAGCCGCUGCCACAUUUGUUCUAUGAGAUAUACUAUUUCCCGAACCGUCUAGAUACCUCGGAUGGGGGCAGGUUCGUCUUUUCUCAGGGAGAUACUACAGGAUACGGAUUUCAUGGUGAUUUCUUGAACGGAUGGGACACUCAGGUUCUCACGGACGGUAUCGCCCAAUGUCUCAACGACGUCGACUCGGGCGCCAUCUCCGAAUGUCCUCCACUGUACGCAUCGCAAGACGACUAUUCGUCAACCAAUUGCCCUGAACGUCCAGCGAUCGUGAAUGAACAAGUGAGGGGCAUUCUUCCCAAGCUGCCUGGAUGCAACGAAGUUACUUCCGGCCCCGCCGAUGUUCCUCAAGGCGUCUGUUCAACUCAACCCGGUUUCAACAACGUAACCAACACGGACGGCCAGACCACUGUAGUCCCCGUGGUCAACGAGACCAGUGUCGUCCUCAGCUCGGGAAGCACAGCCCUCUACAGCGGCUGCUACGUGGAGGGAACGGGCUCCCGAGCCCUAACCGGCGCCAGCUACACUGACAGCACUGGCAUGACCAGCGCUUCAUGCGGUGCAUACUGUCAAAGCAAAGGAUUCAACGUGUUCGGCACCGAAUACUCCAAGGAAUGCUACUGCGGCAUCGUCAUUUCAACAGCCUCGACGUCGCAAAGCGACUGUGCCAUGGUUUGCUCCGGCAAUCGCACCGAAUACUGUGGCGGUCCGAGCCGGUUGAGCGUAUGGAGUGUCACUUCCAGCAGCGGCAGCAGCAGCACCACCUCCACGUCGUCGUCCGCCUCGGCUUCCGCUACUCCUUCACUCGCUGGAGCAACAUACCUUGGCUGCUACUCUGACAACACGGGUGGUCAGCGUGCUCUGUCAUCCAGAACGACCGAUAAAAACAUGACAUUGGAGCUAUGCGCACAGACAGCCCAGACCUCGAACCGCAAAUACUUUGGUUUGGAAUAUGCAGGCGAAUGCUGGGCUGGAGACACCCUCGCAAGCACGGCGUCAGCAAUUGCCGACACAAACUGCAAUAUGAAAUGUAAAGGCAAUGCUGGGGAAAUCUGCGGCGGGUCCAAUGCCCUCAGUCUGUUCGAAAACAAACAGUAUAUUAAGCCCUCGAAUCCUGCUUCGGUCAACGCCAAUAGCACCGCGCAAUAUGCUUAUCAGGGAUGUUACACUGAAGGGUCUGGUGGUCGUGCGCUGGGCGGUUCGGGCUCGGGGACAAGUUACUCAACUACCGACGGAACAAGCAUGAGCGUCGACCUGUGUGUUCAGACUUGCAAUACAAGGGGAUUCACCUGGGCCGGCGUGGAGUAUGCUAAGGAAUGUUACUGCAAUAUUGCUGGACCGGUGAAUGGUGCAGUGCUCGCUGCUGGCGGUGAUGGGGAUUGUUCCAUGCUCUGCGUGGGGAAUAAGACAGAGUAUUGUGGUGGGUCCAGUCGGGUCAGUGUUUACCAGUUGCAAGCAUAAUCAACAAUUUGUUUUGGAGUCGGCUUGUUUAUGGCAAAGGAGACAGCUAAUAUCAAUAACGCCAACAAGGUGGACCGCUCCGUGGUGGUUUGUGCCCCUGCCUGUCAAGUGAAGCGUUACAACAGAAUGAAAAUCUGUCCAGAAAGGAAGUCCCAUUCCAAGCAGGGUUUAAUGCGUGCUUCAGUCUGCUCACCGUUCAGUGCUUGAUUGUCCUUCCCCCUGGUCACUCUGCUAUGAAGGGGGCUCAAAGGAAAAGAAAAAAGAUAUCAGCAGAACAGUCGACAGAAAAGCCCAGGGGAAAAAGGUGCAAAAAGCAAAAAGCAAAAAGCAAAAAGCA